CAGAAGAGAGCCUUCUCUUUGGAUGGUCCAAGUAUCACUCAAGUCGUUUUUUCAUGGAUCAGGAAACACUGGACACGAUGAUUCGUAGAUACAGCAGCAGCAGUUUGUAAUUGUAUGCGUGAAAUGAAAAGCCUCAUCCCACUUGGCUGCUAUAACCUAGCUAGUGAAGCGUUAUUUUCCUAUUCAAUUUAACAAACAAAAAAACGAUCAGUUUAAAAUAUAUUUUAUUUAAGUAGUUAUUUUACUUGUAAUUUGUUUAUGGUUGCAUUGUCGGGAACAUAUUAUUUGUCAACCAGCUUUGCCGACGUGUUGUGGAUUGAUUCCCAGCUCUUUAACGGGGUAGCCGAGUCCAAAACAAGGGACAGCUGUUUAUAAUCCUAGUGUAUUAAUCCCUGUUUUUACUUGUUCAAGAAGAUGAAGAUAACGGUGGAAUUCGAGGAAUGUCUCAAAGACUCUCCGAGAUUCAGGGCCACUAUAGAGGAAGUGGAAGGGGAUGUUGGAGAGUUGGAGUCCAAACUCGACAAGCUGGUGAAGCUAUGCAUCGGGAUGAUCGACGCCGGCAAGGCUUACAACACGGCAAACAAACAGUUUGUCAAUGGAAUCCGCGAGCUCGCUGCGAGCUCCACCAAAGAUGAAGUCAUUGAGUCCAGUCUCACAACGUUUGCUGAGAGUCUGCAGGAGAUGAUCAACUAUCACACGAUUCUGUUUGACCAGGCCCAGCGAUCGAUUAAGACACAGCUUCUAUCAUUUGUCAAAGAGGACCUGCGGAAGUUCAAAGAGGCUAAGAAGCAGUUUGACAAGGUGAGUGAGGAGAAGGAGGCGGCGUUGAACAAGAACGCCCAGGCGCCUCGCAACAAGCAGCACGAGGUGGAGGAGGCCACCAACAUCCUGACGGCUACGCGCAAGUGCUUCCGCCACAUCGUCCUUGACUACGUCCUCCAGAUCAAUGUACUACAGUCCAAGAGAAGAUCAGAAAUUCUCAAAUCGAUGCUGUCCUUCAUGUACGCCCACCUGACCUUCUUCCAUCAGGGUUACGACCUUUUCAGUGAACUGCAACCGCUGAUGAAACAACUGGGGGGACAGCUGGACCUGCUGGUGGUGGAUGCAGCCAAAGAGAAGAGGGACAUGGAGCAGAAACACUCCACCAUUCAACAGAAGGACUUCUCGAAUGACGACACCAAGCUGGAGUACAAUGUGGACGCAGACAAUGGCAUUGCGAUGGAGGGCUACCUGUUUAAGAGGGCCAGCAACGCCUUCAAAACAUGGAACAGGCGCUGGUUCUCCAUUCAAAACAAUCAGCUAGUUUACCAGAAGAAGUUCAAGGAUAAUCCCACAGUGGUGGUGGAGGACUUGCGGCUAUGUACAGUCAAACACUGUGAAGAUAUCGAACGCCGCUUCUGCUUUGAAGUGGUGUCACCCACCAAGAGUUGUAUUAUGCAGGCUGACUCUGAGAAGCUGAGGCAGGCUUGGAUCAAAGCUGUCCAGAACAGCAUCGCCACUGCCUUCAGGGAGCAGGGAGAGGACGCCGAGAAGCUGGACCGGAAGUCUUCCACAUCCACAGGCAGCCUGGACUCAGGCGGCGAGCCCAAAGAGAGGUCACUGAAAGGGGAGAGCGCCCUCCAGAGGGUCAUGGUCAUUGGGGGCAACGCCUGCUGCUGUGACUGUGGUCAACCUGACCCACGCUGGGCCAGCAUCAACCUGGGCAUCACCCUCUGUAUCCAGUGCUCUGGGAUACACAGGAGUCUGGGGGUCCAUUUCUCCAAAGUGCGCUCGCUCACCCUGGACUCAUGGGAACCGGAACUACUCAAGCUGAUGUGUGAGCUGGGUAACGGGGUCAUCAACCAGAUCUACGAGGCUGGGAGAGAGGAGCUGGGAGCCAUGAAGCCAAAGCCGACAGACCCCAGGCGCUGGUUCUCCAUUCAAAACAAUCAGCUAGUUUACCAGAAGAAGUUCAAGGAUAAUCCCACAGUGGUGGUGGAGGACUUGCGGCUAUGUACAGUCAAACACUGUGAAGAUAUCGAACGCCGCUUCUGCUUUGAAGUGGUGUCACCCACCAAGAGUUGUAUUAUGCAGGCUGACUCUGAGAAGCUGAGGCAGGCUUGGAUCAAAGCUGUCCAGAACAGCAUCGCCACUGCCUUCAGGGAGCAGGGAGAGGACGCCGAGAAGCUGGACCGGAAGUCUUCCACAUCCACAGGCAGCCUGGACUCAGGCGGCGAGCCCAAAGAGAGGUCACUGAAAGGGGAGAGCGCCCUCCAGAGGGUCAUGGUCAUUGGGGGCAACGCCUGCUGCUGUGACUGUGGUCAACCUGACCCACGCUGGGCCAGCAUCAACCUGGGCAUCACCCUCUGUAUCCAGUGCUCUGGGAUACACAGGAGUCUGGGGGUCCAUUUCUCCAAAGUGCGCUCGCUCACCCUGGACUCAUGGGAACCGGAACUACUCAAGCUGAUGUGUGAGCUGGGUAACGGGGUCAUCAACCAGAUCUACGAGGCUGGGAGAGAGGAGCUGGGAGCCAUGAAGCCAAAGCCGACAGACCCCAGGCAGGAGAUCGAAGCCUACAUCAGGGCCAAGUAUGUGGACCGGCGUUUCGUGCAGCGCCCGUCCAAUGAAGAGUUACGCGCCAAGGUGGUGUCCCUGGCCAAACGGGAGAAGAAGCUGAGCGGCAGCACGGAGCACCUGCCCCCCCGGCCGCCCCCGCCCACGCCCAAACUCCGGCCCUCCUCCAACGCCUCAGGUCAGUCAGCUGCUGCCAAAGGCUUGAAGGCGCGCCGCGACUCUCUCUUCUGUCCAGACGAGCUUGACUCGCUCUUCUCCUACUUUGACACCUCUGCCAAGCUCAGGAGCAUAAGAAGUGCAGACAGUGGCAUCCAGAACAGUGCAGAAGGAAGUAGGGAGAUGCUGGCCAACAACAGCCUGGCUGAAGCAGAAGCUGCGGAGGCGCCCCCCAUGGCCAUGCCUGCCACACUGCCCCCCCCAUCGCCCUGUAAGGAGCUGGUGGUGUUCUCGGAGCCCAAGGAGUACUCCUCGGGGCUGCAGCUGUACUGGGCCUCAUGUGCCCGCAGCCUGCCCGACAUGGCCGAGGCCCUGGCCCACGGAGCGGAGGUCAACUGGGUCAACACCGACGACGACAAGAGGACCCCGCUCAUCAUGGCUGUGCAGGGGGGCUCGUUGGUGACCUGUGAGUUCCUGCUCCAGAACGCAGGAAACGUGAACCAGCAGGACGCCCUGGGUCGAGGACCCCUCCACCACGCCACCAUCCUGGGACACACCGGUCAAGUGUGUUUGUUCCUGAAAAGAGGAGCCAAUCAGAACGCGGCAGACAUUGACGCGAAAACGCCCCUAUCCAUGGCAGUGGACGCUGCCAAUGCAGACAUCGUCACAUUACUGCGAUUGGCCAAGAUGAACGAGGAGAUGCGGGAGGCGGAGGGGCCCUACAUGCAGUCAGGAGAUGAAACCUACCAAGACAUUUUCCAGGAUUUUUCCCAGAUGGCUUCAAACGAUCCGGAGAAGCUGAACCGCUACCAGCAGUAUGACUCACAGCAGAGGCCAUGAGGGAGGGAGACAACCUGGAAGUCUGUGGAAGCUGUCUGGGCUUUUUCCUGGUCAGUGCUGUACUCAGCACGAGUAUUGGAGGGUCUGUUUCACCGGAACCUCAAUGGUGAAGGUGUCUGUGGUAUAUCAUUUUUAAUUGGUUUGAAUGGGUCUACAAUUGUACAUUUUAAAGUUAAAAAUGUAUACAUUUCAUUGAGGCUGGUUGGCUCAGGAUUGUGAACCUAAACAAUGUUUUAUGAGACUCUGGACUGGUGCCCAGUUGGUAAAACAGUUCACAUUUGAACCUGAAUGGUACAGUAUUAUGCUUUAUAUAUAAUGUGACAGUUUGGUUCAAAACAUAACCAUAAACAAAAAUCGAGUCGAGUCGUAAUUGUUGUUUCUGAAUUCAUAUAAACCAAAUAGACCACUCAUCGUGUCUUUUGAGGUUUAGUAGGCUUUUUACAUGUAGAUACUUUAAAAAUAUAUAUAUUAAAAAAAAAACAUUUUAUUUGAGCUAUCAAUUUGCUAAUAUCGUCCCAUUUCAAUGUGGUGUUUUUGUUUAUAAAUAAGCAGCACCUUUUUGUGAUUUUGACUAUAGUGUGUUUUCACAGCAUUCAUCUGUUCUAUGUUAAAAAUGAAAGUUAAUGUUAAUGGCUGGCCACCCACUUUCCUCGUCAACACUGUUUUGUACGGUGAAACGUUGGUGUGAAGUGCUCAUGUUGCUGAGGUGUAGGUUUGUCACUCUUCCGUUACUCUUCCGUUACUGUUGAAAACCCCUUCAUGUGGCUCAUGCAGAAAUGUUGAUUGUGGGUAUUUUUCUGUUUUACAUUUUUUUGAUGAGGCAAUACUUUUUGUUUUUGUGAUUUUUUUUAAAGAUCUGAAGGAGGGUAAUCUGUUUAUUUUUUUGUGUGUGUGAGGAAGACAAGCCUUAUGUUUUUAAAGUAUAAUUUCAUAUUCAAUCUUGUUUUAGACCGGAAACAAUGACUGUUAAAAAGAGAAAAGAUGACAUGUUAGGCUCUUUCUGUACGUUUGAAUUUAGGUCCCCAUAUUGUAGUAUCCACUUUUCUGACGUCUCACUAUUUUAAACAGUAUUAUAGCAUCCUGUUCAUUGGAUAGCACAAAACGACUUCUAUAAAACAUACCUUGUUUAUUAGUAUAGUAGUGUGUUAGAAACACUAACGAGCAUGUACCACCUUCCUGGAUGCUACUACUGUGGCAUUGCAUUUACAAUAUGAGGAGCUUUCUCAAGCCCUGUUUAUACCUGGUGCUAAUGCUCUCAAGCCCUGUUUAUACCUGGUGCUAUCAUUUGCCUUUUGUCCUGAUCUUGUCCACAUUCUGAUUGGGCCCACAUUUUGAAAUGGGUGUAGAUGAUUAAAGCAACUGAUUGUGAUCAGAUCCUCCUUACCACUUCUGGAGGAGGUCUUUGUAAACCGAUCUGGAUUGUCAAACCAUUUAAAUCCACCCUCAUCAUUGACAUGGGCCACCAUGGACCGAAGGCAUCAAUAUUGGUCUAUAACGUAAAAUAAAAAUGAUUAUAUCACAUGUAAAUGAAAUGUGUAACUAGGGAUUUUCCUUUCUUGACUUUUAUUGGACUCUAACUUGUAAACUCUGCCCACUGAGCUUUCAUCCAACCAAUUAAUUUGUCCCAACUACUUCUGUAGGUGGUCAGGAAGAUCUGAUCAGUGUUUUUUACAUUUUUUGUUAGCACCAGUUAUAAAGUGGGCUAUUCUUAAAUACAACAUGUGAUACAGAUCUUGUACAGCUUUUGAAUAGGCAUACGUUAAAUCUAAAGUAGUGGUACUUGAAUCAUUAAAUAAGCGCUUGUAAAUGCUGAUAAUAUAAAAAAGACAAUUACAAGAUGAAAUUGUCUCCCUAUACCACUCAGAUAUGCAUAUUAUCGAUAUAAUUAAGGACUAUAUUACAUUUACUGCAAAUCAUGGACUGAAUUUCUUGCUGAAUGUUGAACUGUUUUGUUGUAUUGAUUUUAUAAAGCAAUUUUCCGUUC